AUUCUAUUAACCAAAUAUAUAUUACAUUGAUAUCAAAUCACAAAUGCCAAUUUCACAAGAGACUCAAGACUUGCAUUCCCAUCAAAUUCCAUUCUUCAUUUUUUUCAUUAGAUAGAUUUUUAUUGGGUCUUGAAAAUCUAAAAAAGAGGCUUACGUAUUAAGUCUGCCCAUUAUAGUUUUACCUGUACCUUUUUAUUGAGCCCAUUGUCCGUAUCAGGCCAAUUUGGCCCAGGUGAAGAAAAGCAGAAACGCAACUGAAAAAUUUCGACGAAUUAUUCAGGUGUGAAAUCACUGAGAACUGUGAAAGGAGGAGAAGGAGAAAAGUGAAAAAAAAAAAAAAAAAAAAAAUGGAGGCCGGAGGCGGCGGAGACGCCACAACAGCAAGCGAUUCCAUCAAAGUGAAGAUACAGUUCGGCGGACGUUCCAUACCGGUAGAAAUAUCAGUUGACUCCACCGUCAAAAACCUCAAAUCCACCCUUCAACCUCUCACCAAUGUACUCCCUCGUGGUCAGAAGCUCAUCUGUAAAGGGAAAGUGUUGGAGGAUGAAAUGACGUUGAAAUCGUUGGGAAUUACGAAUGGUUCUAAAAUUAUGUUGAUGGCAAGUCAAGGCCUACACCAAGGGAGUGGUCCACUAAAGAAGGAAGUUCCUGCGAAAAAGGAGCUUGAACGAGUUCAGAUGAACACAAUAAUUCCAAUGGUGACCCGGGAAAAUAAAGCAAAAGCAGCUGGUCCUAAUCCGGUUCAAAGAUGGAAGAGUACGGGAGUUGUGGCAUUGUCUGAACAUGGUCUCAAAGCCAUACCUGAGGAAGUUUAUGGUUUAAGAAGCUUUGUUCGGGUCCUUGAUCUCAGCCGUAAUUCAAUACAAGAAAUUCCAGAUAAGAUUAAUCUUUUGAGCUCUAUCCAGAAAUUGUUCCUUAAUGCAAACAAUUUAGUGGAUGGAUCACUGAGCUGGAAAGGACUAGAAUCGCUCAAGUCUCUUACAAUUCUGUCCUUGAGUCAUAAUAGUUUAUCAGAGCUUCCUCCUGCAGUGGGAGCUUUGACAUCUUUGCGGCAACUCCAAGUUGAAAACAAUGACUUGAUAAGUCUCCCUUCUGAAAUCGAGCUCCUAACAGAACUUCAAAUUCUGAAGGUAAAUAACAACAGGAUAAACAGAAUUCCUGACAGCAUAGGGGGGUGCAUUUCCCUGGUCGAGGUGGAUCUCUCGUCGAAUCUCUUGGUGGAAUUGCCUGAAACCGUUGGAAAUUUAAAGGAUUUAAAGGUAAAUGUGUUGUUCGUGGUCACUAUUUGUAUGGAUGUCUUGGGUUCAUUCUCGUCUUCUCAGCUUGACCAUGUUAAUAAUGCAUGAUUCUGUUGAAUUUUGAAUUCAAUUGCGGGAACUUGAACCAGAUCAUGUGUUUUUGGAAGUAAACAUCUUUCUAAUGUUUGCUCUUUUCAAGUAAACGUGUUUUAAUAAUCAUUUGACAACCUAACACGUAUGAGUUGUCUAUACAUUGUAUAUGAUCAUUUCCACCUUUCACAUACAUUACAGGCUCUGUAUUUGAGUAACAAUGGCUUGCACUCCCUCCCAAGAACCCUAUUCAAAACGUGUGGCCAGCUUUCCAUUUUAGAUCUGCAUGGUACAGAAGUAACGAUGGAUCUUCUUCGUCAGGUACUUUCUCCUUGUUACCUCAUCAAAUGGUCAUAUCAUGCCUCCUUUUUGCCUUUUAGUUCACGACCAUGUCUGCUUUAUAUCUUGUCUUGGUAGUUUGAAGGAUGGGAAGAUUUUGAUACUCGUCGCCGUUUAAAACAUCAGAAGCAACUGGAUUUCCGUGUCACCAGCUCUGCUGAGUUUGAUGAAGGUGCCGACAAGAGCUAAUUCACACUCUUCUUUUUACCUUUGGGAAGCUAGCAUUGUGCAAGAUGCAUUCCUGAUAUGAAAGUAUACGGCUCACUAAUUUUUAUAUUGAGCUAUACACAAUGAACGGCGAUAUGGAAUUCACUGGAUUGUUGGGGCCAUUUUGUAGCUGGAAAAACAGGUUGUGUAUAUGAUCAAAUGUCUUUGGAAUCACUGGUUGAACCCUAAACCCUAAACCCUAAAGCAUAUUUAGAAGAGAGGAUGGCCAUCAGGCUUGGCUCGUUAUUUUGGAUAAUUUUUUUUUUCUCUUAUUAGUAAUUUUAUUUUUAUGUUCCUAAUCUAUUUAAUUUGUAAAUGAACUCUACAUUACCAAGAUUUCAAAAUUGACAACUUAUAUUCCCUUCGAAUUAAUCUCAAGC